AUGGCUGCACCCCCACGAAACGACCAUCGGGUCAUCCUCCACCUUGAUUAUGACUGUUUCUAUGCAUCAGUCUUUGAGGUUGAGCAGCCUGCACUGAGAUCUCUGCCCUUGGCUGUCCAGCAGAAACAUAUCGUGGUAACAUGCAACUACGAGGCCCGGCGGCGAGGGUUGCAUAAAUUGCAACUUAUCAAAGAUGCCAAGCGCAUCUGCCCCGAUGUGGUCAUCGUCUUGGGUGAAGACUUGACCAAGUUCAGAAAUGCAUCUAAGGAGCUGUAUCUGUUUGUUCGAUCCUUUGUUUGGGGCGGACGUGUGGAGAAGCUGGGGUUUGAUGAGCUUUUUCUAGACGUCACGGAGAUGAUCGAUUACAAUACCGGUGUCUUGAACCCGAAUGACUUGUCGAACUCGUUUUUCUAUCUUGAUCGGAAAGAUCCUACUGUCGGCUUUUCUUACGAUGCCACUCGAUUCCAGGGAUCGACCUUUCCGGCGACGGAGGCUGCGCCGACCGCUCAGAAUGAGGUAUCUUCUUUGGAUAUGAGAUUGCUUGUCGCUUCACAUUUUCAAGGAUUCUUGAGAAGUAAUAUGGAGCACAAGAUUGGUUUCACGGCUACGGGUGGAACUUCAACGUCCAAACUGCUGGCAAAGUUGGUUGGCAGUGUCCACAAGCCCAACGGGCAAACGACUCUCCUGCCGCCAUACACGGCGGUUGGAAGUGUCCCCAGCAAUGUCACACAGUUUAUGGAUGACCAUGAAAUUCGAAAAAUUCCCGGGAUUGGCUCACGGAUCGCCGAGAGACUGAAAACUUAUAUCUCAGGGGAAGAAACUGCCGAUGAGAAGAUCACCGUCCGAGACAUCCGCCAGUUCCCGGGAAUGGGGCCACCCUUGCUAGAAAAGAUCCUUGGCGGACCGGGGUCAGUGAAAGGGAUCGGAACGCGCAUGUGGAGCAUUCUCCAUGGAGUGGACAAUACAGAUGUGCUCGAGGGCCGAGACGUGCCAACCCAAAUCAGCAUCGAAGAUUCCUACGGCCGACUGGAUACCUUGGAGAGUGUGAGGCGAGAGCUGGUUGCACUCUCAGGAAGCCUGAUCCGACGCAUCAGGACCGAUUUACUUGAUAAGAGUGACGAUAGCAGUCCGCAAGGGAGAUGGCUCGCCCAUCCUCGCACUCUGCGACUAUCGACGCGGCCAAGGCCUCCGCCAGACAUGGAUACUGCACAUGCAUACAAUUACAAUCGGAUUUCCCGCUCAGCGCCUUUGGCAUCUUUCAUCUUCAACUUGGAUGAGAACAUCGAUGCGUUGGCUGAACGAUUAGUCAAAGAUAGCCUUUUGGCUAUGUUCCGAAAACUGCAUCCUGAAAAGGCCGGCUGGAAUCUCGGUUUGAUCAAUGUUGCGGUAACCAAUAUGGUUGAGACCGCUGGUGAUCAGAAGCAGAGCAGUGGGCGUGAUAUUGGCAAGAUGUUUCGACAGCAGGAGACGGUGCUUAAGGACUGGACUGUGCAGGAACCUGAACCCCCAUUGGUGCCCGUUCAGGCUUCCCGAUCGCUUAUUGGAGGUUCACCUGAGAUUGAGCCACAGUCUGCCGAGGCCGAGGAUGACUGGGAUGAGGGCGACGAAGAUGAACCCUUGGCUAGCACACGGUCACAAGCCUCAGAGGCUAUUCGCCAUGUUACGCCAGUCGAUAACGCUAUCAUUCGUACCCCCUCACACAAAAUAGACCAUCUAUCCAGCUUCGAUGUUACCUUCAGCCUACACCAAGACGGCAAGCGGAUAAAGCUAGAGCUUGAACCAAACCACGAUAUCCUCGCCGACGACGCUUACGUGCAAUACCUGGGUAUUGACGGUACAGUACGGCACGGUCAGCCGAUCCAGCGACACGAACACAAAGUGUUUAAAGGCCGCGCGCUGGUAGGAUCAGGUACAGGGAGAUGGACGCCAGUCGGUUGGGCCAGAAUCACCGUUAAAAAGGAUGGCCAGGAACCACUUUUCGAGGGUGCAUUCAGCAUCGACAAUGACAAGCACCACAUUGAAUUGCAUUCAAACUAUAUGCACAAGAAGCGACCGAUAGAUGCCGAUGUCGAGCCGAGGGACGGAGAGUAUAUGCUCGUCUACCGAGACUCCGACAUGUUCCAGUACACACACAAUGAGCUGAAGCGGUCGCUUGCCGCCUCCUCCUCUGGUUGUGGAUCAGACACCCUCGACUACAAUGCCGAUCUAUCUAAUUCUAUUUUCCCAUAUGGCGUUGACCAGCUCGACGGCCAGUGGGGUGUUACCUCGUUGAAUUCGCUAUUCGGUCUGAGCAAGCGGCAAUCGGAUACCAGCGGUGUGUCCGGAAACACGGGCGGCGUGAACCUGCAAACGACCAUCGGCGAUACCAGUGGUUGCCCCAAGACGAAGAAGGUGGCUCUGAUCGGAAUUGCGGCCGAUUGUGCGUUGACCGAGUCUUUCGCAUCUAACAACGGGACCCCCAAGGCUGCGGCUCAGGAUUGGAUCAUUAACGUAGUGAACACGGCAUCCAGUCUCUAUGAAGAAUCAUUCAAUGUGUCAAUUGGUCUGCGCAACUUGACAAUCUCCGAGGCUGGCUGUACCUCUGGAGGCUCUUCUGGUACGCCGUGGAACGUCGGUUGCAACAGCGGCAAUGUCACCUGGCGUCUCAAUGAAUUCUCCAAGUGGCGCGCUCAAAAUGCAGAUAGCAACGCUUAUUGGACUCUUAUGACCGACUGCCCGACAGACAGCGAGGUUGGUGUCUCGUGGAUGGGUCGGUUGUGCACAUCCGACUUGACGACCGCCGGCGAUAGCUCUGUUACCGGUGCCAAUGUUGUUGUUCGCAAUUCUGGUGCUUCUUGGCAGGUCUUUGCCCACGAAACUGGCCAUACCUUUGGAGCUGUGCACGACUGUGAUUCGCAGACAUGCUCUCAGAAGUUACAGGAUUCAUCUCAAUGUUGUCCACUGUCCUCGUCAACCUGCGAUGCUGCUGCAAAGUACAUCAUGAACCCAUACGCUAUCAACAGCAUGACCAAGUUCUCAGAUUGUACAAUUGGCAAUAUCUGCUCCGCAAUUGGCAGAAACAGCAUCAAGUCCUCUUGUCUGUCAGACAAUAAAGGAGUCGUGACCAUCAGUGGCAGCCAGUGCGGUAACGGCAUCGUCGAAUCCGGCGAAGACUGCGACUGCGGUGGCGAAGAAGGCUGCAGCGACAACUCCUGCUGUGAUGCAAAAACCUGCAAAUUCAAGGACAAUGCCGUCUGCGACGACUCCAACGACAGCUGCUGCUCCCAGUGCCAGCACUCUUCGGCCGAUACCGUGUGCCGCCCCAGCACAGGCGUCUGCGAUAUUGAAGAAAAGUGCAGUGGAACCUCCAGCUCCUGCCCUGACGACAAAUACAAGGACGACGGCUCAUCUUGCGGCGACAAGGGCCAAGGCCUCAGCUGUGCCAGCGGCCAGUGCACCAGCCGCGACUACCAAUGCCGAACAGUGGUCGGCUCUCUGCUAAACACCAACGACACCUGGGCCUGUGAAAAUACCCAAGACCCUUCAUGCACUCUCGUCUGCGGCGCACCAUCAAUCGCUCACUCCUAUGGCACAACCCCAUGCAUCAAAAUGAACCAGAACUACCUCGACGGCACACCCUGCGACUCAGGCGGCCGCUGCAACUCAGGCCAAUGCAAGGGAUCGUCAGCCCUAGGCUGGAUCAAGCAACAUGAGAAACUCGUAAUCGGCGUCUGCGUCGGCGGCGGCACCUUCAUCCUCCUCGCCCUCUUCUUCUGCAUAUACAGUCGCUGCAGAAGCAGCGCUGCCCAGCGCAAGAUGCGCAAGGCUAUCCCCCCCGGUACAUACCGGCGCUACAAUGGACCCCAGCCCUCUGCUCGCCCACCCCAGAUGAACCAGUGGCAUGGUGUUCCCAAUGGUGGGUAUCAGAAUGUACCUCCGCCUGGACCACCUAUGUAUCAGAAUAUGCCACCGCCUGGGCCGCCGCCACGCUAUGCUUGA